AAAAAUAAUUCUCGCAUAUUGAAUACUCGAAAUUGAAACCCUAGUCGUCGAAUUUUUUCAUUGAUUUGGACAGCUUAAAAGAGCAGAAAAAAUAUCGCUAAUAAUGGCCUGUGCUAAUAAACUUGGAGUUUUGGCUCGUAACAUCAGCUCAUCAUCAGCUCUUCAGCAAUUGGUAAAACCACCAAUUCAAGUUUUCGGAAUUGAAGGUCGAUAUGCUUGUGCACUUUUUUCUGCUGCCUCAAAGACCAAGGCAUUAGAUGCUGUUGAAAAGGACUUGACAAAUUUACAAGGCCAAUACAAAAAGGAUCAAAAAUUACGUGAUUUCAUCCUUGAUCCAUCAAUCAAGCGUAGCUUGAAAGCAUCUGCAUUGAAGGAUGUUUCAUCAACUAUUAAGUUUAACGCAGCAACUGGAUUCCUUUUAGAACUUCUUGCUGAAAACGGGCGAUUGAAGAAAUUGGAUAGUAUCAUUAAUGCCUACAAAUUAAUCAUGUCUGCUCAUCGUGGUGAAGUUGUCUGUGAAGUUAUUACUGCUAAGCCUUUAGAAGGAGCACAACGUAAAGAAUUGGAAGCACAAUUGAAGAAAUUCGUUGCUUCAAAUGAGACCAUCCAGUUAACUUCCAAGGUCGAUCCAUCAAUUAUCGGAGGAAUGGUUGUAUCAAUCGGUGACAAAUAUGUUGAUAUGAGUGUUGCCAGCAAAAUUAAGAAAUACACUGACUUGAUUUCCGUAGCAGUCUAAACGAUCCUUUUUAAUCAACAUCCAAUAAUUUAAAGUAAUUCCAAAAUAAUUAAAUUUCGUAUGCAAUUUAUUCGUUAAUUCAAUAAUCAGAGAAAUACAAGAACCGAAAUAAAAAAUUGCUGGGAUUAAUUCUCAAAAAGAAAAAAAAAAACACGAUGUAGUAACUUAAAGAUGGAAAACUGAAAAGUUUAAAUAAUAAAUUUAAUUAAAAAUUCAA